UUGGUAAAGACUGUUGUCGAACUAUACUCAGUAAUGCUCUGUAUGGUGAGCUAGUCUGUAGUAACUAUUUACUCGGCAGUUUUAGACAGAAAUUUUAGUGCGAAUCGUCUUUUUUUCUUUAAAAAAAAACGGAGUGUAUAAAGUGUUGUUGUGUUCAAUAAAUUUUGAAGGAAGAGAGUAAAAAAACUCUACUCCUUUCGUCAUCAAAAAUCAACACGAACCUGUUUACCAAUCAGGCGGAUUUCUAUCACUCGAAGACCUUGUUUCCUAACAAUCAGUACGACUAAUCUUUACCUCUGGAAGUUGUCUCAGACCAAGAUGCUGUUACCACAGUCUGAUAUAUGAUGGUGGAACAUUCUUCAGUGAACGAAAAUUUUCAAGCGCUGAGAAUUGAACGUACGACCUAACCGCUUACAAGUCGCAUACUUAAUCGCUUAUUCAUGGACGCACAUGACAAAGGUAAACUGCUUGAACAUACACUAAAUCGGAUCUCGGUUCUUUGGAGCUCUUCUCUAUUUCUUCAAGAAGUCCAAAUUUUAUUCUGUCUCGAACAGUUAAGGCCUCCAAGGUGCAAUAGUGUCGGAAAAUGUAUUGGUUCCUGUGCAACUUGUUAUUUAAAAGGAACAAUAAUGUCUGAUACAUGUUGAUCUCUAUAUGCUGUGGCUACUGAGAUUUUCUCAUUUAACAUUACCUUCUCCUACUAUGUCAGUUCCAAAAAAAAGAAAUAUCAAGACUUCUUAAUUCUGACACUUUUCUUCAUUUAAAAAAUAUUAAUAUAGAAGCCGUGCCAUACCUAUGCACUAUCGUCACUAGAUGGAGAAUUUUGUGCAACUUUAAGCACUUUUGACAAACUUAAGAGCGUGCUUCUCUUUACAAUUCUAUCCAAGUUUAAACUGGUUCCACACAUACUGUAUGAUGAUGUUAAGAACGAUAACAAAGGAGACUCCUCUCUCUUUAAUAGCCUACGUACUUUGGUGUGCUAAGAUCUUCAUUAAAAGAAAUAACCGAAUACAACAGGCAUAAUUAUGAAUAAUUCUGCCAAACUGUGUAACUAGGGACCUAGCAUACGCUAUUGGUAUUUCAACCAUUGCAUAUUGAAGUUCCACAAAACUGUAUGAUUGGAACAAAAGUUAAAUUGCUGUUAAAGGAUUGUGCAUGGAGUUGUGCAAUGAUGGGUUUGCAGGCCACGUCAGGAAAACGUAAAUUGGAAGCAGGUGUGGUCUGUAUGGAAUUUGAUAUGGAUGUCGGUGAGAACCCUUCAAAAUUUAGCAGAGUUGAUGGGAGCUGGUGGGCAAUGGAUGAAAACUACUCAUCUCAUUUGAGUCAAACGACGACGCCCUCGUAUUAUGAAAUGGACUCACCAUUACCCUGUUUACAAACUGGACUUUGUCCGUCAACAAGUCCAACACCCCCGGCUCAAUUGCACCAUUCUCAGCACUACUAUCAACGUGGUCUUGGAAACAAUGGUUACAAUCAACUGUCAAGGCCGACAAUACAAUGGGCACAGCCCCACAAUUAUGAACCUCCAAUGAUUAGGCGAGAAGAAAACGGUAAGAGUUAUCUAGAGCUUGGCUCCAGUUAUCGCGCAAAUGAAAGAUGCUGUGAAGGAUCGAGGUCCAGUUGGUGUCGAAGAGGACGAACAUGCUACAGACAAAGAAGGCUAGCUGUCCUCAACAUUUCCAUGUGCAAACUAGCGAGAUACCGUCAAUUCCCAGAUCCAAGUUUACAUCGAUCUGUGCUCAUUUGCAAUACUUUGAGGCAUUUAGAGAAAGAAAUGGAGAGGGAUCGAAGUCCACCUCCAAUGGAACCUGUUGUUUCGACACCAAUUGCUCAACUCCAAAGCACUGAGCAAGGAAGGCUUACGCCUUUUCCCGUACCUCCAAUCUCUUCAACAGAGACCGACGCGGACUCGGGCAUUGGUGACAGUGAGGACAGUCGGUCGAUCAAUUGGGGUAGCGUCUUAUCUCUAUCAAGUCAAUCGCCUCUAGAUCCUCUAAAUAAUAACGAGCUUUUAGAUGUCGAUAUAGGUCCAGAUCUGGAAUUAGACUUAAUUCCAGGUUGGAAACUCACACCUCUCUCGGCAGAUGACAUCCUCAGGAAUACCAACGCCCAAGAACACCAUGUGAUUUCCAAUGUUUCGAUAGGCAGCACGAGUAGUAACUACGAAUCGCUCAUGUGCGUAGGAUCAUAGCCUCCGAUACCAACUUUGCUAAGUGGUCAUUGAUUUAAAUCCUCUAGCGCAUCAGAGCAUAUAAAAGAUUUUUAGUGCUAAUGACGACCGUCCGCUGCUUCGGUAUGCGUAUCGAUGCAGAGCAACCCUAAUACACUAAAUAUUUAUGCAACAUUGCAUUCUUAUUUUUUGAAGUUGUUUCAAAAAUGAAUGUGCAAUGAUCGGUGCUAUUAGGGAAGAGUUAUCUGCUAACAUAAUCUGUCUAUUGUUAUGGUAACUUAAAAAAACAUUUAUGAUACAAAUUGUCACAUAUAUGAUGCACAGAUUUUGGGGAAAUGGUGCUAUUUACGUCCGACCUGCUGCUCUUUUUUUAAGUGUAUCAGUAACAAUUCCUGGAGAGAUUGAUAUUUUAGUAACAAAAAUCCAAGUAAAGUAAACCACCAAUUGGUGGUUGUUCAUCUAACUUGUCACUUAUUCAAUAUAAUUGAAAGAUUCUUUGAAGCAGAAACUUAUCAUUAGUUAGUUUAAAUAAUAAUCCAUAAACAGAUUUAGGAUAUAUUGGGCGCUUUUCAUAAUGAAUUUUGUUGUCUCUCUUUAUAAGUUAGGGAUUAUUUGUGACGCGCUCCCAAGAAGGGUACCUAAGAAGCAAAGAAAUUUAGGCUGUGUUUAUAAUUUUUCGACUUAAAAUACAGGAAGAGAAUCAAUUACUAUUAUCAAUUUUUGAUGUCCAAAUUACUUCCAAAGUAUUCAAUGAAAACUUCUUUUGAUUUAUAUGAAUAAUUAGAAACGUAACCUAAAAUUUUUUUCUUUCUUAGGUACCUUUCUUGGGAGCACGUAUUCCAUCUGUAAAAUUAAAAAUUUAUUAAUACUUUCAUCUAUCCUCAUCAUUUGUCAUUACAACACUCAAUAGGGAGUUUUCAUCAAAAAAUUUUUUUAUUUAAAUCGAUAGAUUAGGUCUGAUUUAUAUAACAAAUUUUUUUUCUAAUAAUUUUUUAAUGAAAAAUAAGCGUAUAAAUAAAUAAAAACAGUUUGCAUAAUUUGAAAAUAACGAAAACGGUCCGGAAAUAACCGAGUUCUACCGAAGGGACUGUGACGUCAGAGGUACUUAUAGUUGUCUAUGUUGCCAUGAAUUCUUCAUGUAAAACAUUAAUUUUUUCUCAAUAUUUUUAUACUAUGAAGAAAAACAAAAGAUAUAAGACGUGUUUUAUGUCGUUGUAAACCAAAUUUUUCUGCUGUCAAGAUCAUUUUAAUUUAUAUAAUUACAUUGCAAGAAUUUUAAAUUACACUAGUUAUAAAUUAUAUUUUGAGAUAUGCAAGAGUAAAUAAAAAUUUCUAAUAUUAUUGUAUAUAAUGUAAAAUUGAGUAGUCAACAUAACCUAAAAAUAAAAUAAUAAAUCGAUAUUUUAGGCAAAUUCGAUGGAUCUGCUUUUUCAAAUCCCGGGUCUAAUAUACAAGGGAUUUUUUGAUAAAAAAAUAAAUCGAUACCUCAGUGUGAUACAGUCCUAUCUUCUGGUAAUACUUAAAACUGUCUCAUCUCGAGGUGACGUUUUCUACCGUGCUAUCUCAAAAUUUGACAGAUUGUGGUGUCAAUAAAAAAAAUAAAUUACGGUACUAAAAAUAAUUAUUACAUUCAAAACAAUUAUUUUUUCAUAUUUUAAGAGAGACUUUUUAUUAUAAUAUAUAAAAAUUUAGUAUGAAUUAAUAAAAUUUAACCACUUAAAUGCAUUUAUACAAAACAGCUAAUACAUUAACCCUACUUUUUGACAGCACGAUACAAAGCAUCACCUGAAGGUAGGAUUGUUCUAAAUAUUACCAGAAGAUAGGACUGUAUCAUACUGAAGUAUAGAAAUCAUUUAUUUUCACUUUAAAUAAAAUAAAAUAAUUUUAAAACAAUCGUAAACAAAGAUCAUGCAUGGAUCAUGCAGCAGAAGACGCGCGAGAAUAAGCACCCGUGACGUCACGUUUCAGUAACCAAUAAAAAUUGUUUUCUUUCAGCAUGGAUAUUUUCAAAAAUUUUACAAUUUCAAUUUAAUUUUUUAAUGUGUAAACUUAAAAAAAAUUAAAAACUUUCAACGCUAAUAUAUUUUAAAAUAUCUAUAUUUACUAUUUCUUAAAAAAAAACUUGAAAUUUUUUUGAUGCAAACUCCCUAUUGAUAAGUUUCUGCCCUUUCAGAAAUUAUUUCAGAAUUAUUACUCUUAUCUAAACUGUGCAUAGAGAUGGCUACAUGUCACUGAUCUCUUCGCGAUUCAGAAGUCGCUUGUGAAUAUCGACAUCCCUAGGCAAUGAAGGCUUAGAUAAUUUUCUAUUCUUUACAAUAUUUAAUGUUGAACAGUUACUGAUGCGUUUCAAUAAAAGAGCAACUUUAUUUAACACAAACAUUUGUCCAUCUAUGAGAAAACGACUUACUUUGUUUUUUAUAGCACAAUAUUUAAAUUAAAGUUAACAGUAAGUUUAUCUUAAAAAAUAUGUAAGUAUGUUGCAAGUUUUUCAAAACAAGUUAUAAAUAAUGCCGAUGAAUAAAACGAAACAAAACGAAUAUAACAAAAAGUAAAUAAAAAUAAAAGAAACUAGUGCCGGGAAAAUUGAAGGUUUUUUCUACUAAUUUUUUAUAUGUACUGAAAAUAACAAGUUUCCAUCAAACUUAAAUUUUUGAAAAAAAAUUCAUUUCAAAUUUUUAAACGUUCUGUAUUUAUAACUUAUGUCAAAAUAUUGUGCUAUUCGAAUGAUAAUUGUAUCUGAGUCAUGUCUGAGUGAUUAUUUUCAAAGUGUUUAGUUAGAAAACACAGAAAUUUCUUAUGUAGCUUAAAAUAUGUUAAAAUAGUAUUAUUAUUUUAUUAUUAUAAUAAUUAUUAUAUAUUAUUAACAGUUACCUGCAUUGCAAAAAGUAUCAAUUAAAUUGGCAAAAUACUUUUCGGAUUCUACUUAUCUAUGGUAUUAUAGCUUUAUGAGAGCAAUUUUGUUUUAUGUACUCUGAAGGUUUCUGUUUUGUAUUAAUUUUUUUAAUCUUUAUUUUGAAGAAAAAUUGUAAAUUUGGUUAUUGACAGUAAUAUUGAUUUAAAACUAAAUUACAGCGCCAAAUUUCAACUAUAUUUUUUAAAUGUAAAUUCUUUAUUAUAAUUUAAUGUAAGUCAAAAUUCUGUAUUUUCGGAGAGAAGAAAAGUUUAGUAAACUUAAAAAUAUGAUCGGUCGACCCUUGUUAUUUAGUGAGUAACUCUUGUUUCUACUUCUACAAGUCUUAUGCUCUUUAAUCUUUUACGAUAUUUUGUUGUAGAAUGUUCUUUUUUAUUGUAAAUUUUGAAUUUUUGUAUAAUACACUUGAGUUGUUAUAGUAAAAAACUUCAAGUUUUACUGUUUCGAACUGGGUAACUUGAAUACAUAUAUUUUGUAUGAUUAAAACGAUUAUUUACUGUGCAGGAUUUAUUAUGAAAACGGCCACUAGGACAAUCUUAAGUAUGGAAUGGUUUUUAUUUUACAAUUUUAUUUUAUACAAUUUUUUUAUGUUAAACAAAAAAAUUAUUUUCACUAAUCUUGAAUAGUUUCCUUCAGUGUGUCGCAAAAUUUGACAGAGUUAGACUUGAAAAAGUUGUAAAUGAGAUUAUUCAGUAAGUAAUUAAUAAAAGUUGUUGAUUUAUCAAAUGACUUAAAAAUGUCAAAAUGUCGUUGCGCUGGCAUUUGGAUUUGUUUUCAUCUUUCGACAAUUUUUAUAUUUCACACUUUUUUUGUACUUAAUCUUUUCAUAUUCUAUGUGUACAUGUGAGCAAGAUUUGAUUUAGUUUCUUAUAGGUAGAUGGAAGUACAAAGUUUAAGUAUUUAAUGAUAAUUUUCUGCAGGAUCUUAGUCAACAGAUUGAUAACCGAUGUUAAAUAUAAUUAUGUUAUUUCUUUUAGAUUUACCGAAAAAAAUCUUCUUUCUAUAAAUCUCUAAUUGUCGCUACUCCUCGGUUUAUUUGUGUGAAAUUAUUAACUAUUUUUUAAGAUCCUGUAGAGAAAAUUAUCAUUAAAGUAAUAUAAGCUACUUUAUAUAAAAAGUAACAACAAUAUUUGAAAAUAAGCAUAUGGACAGAUUUCAGAUAAUUUGCAUUAAAUGUUCUUAUUCUGCGUUUCUACCAUUCUCACUCUAGAUGCAAUUUCAUUCUAAAUUAUGACCAUCAAAGUGAGUCAUUUUGUUAACCCAGUUGAAAAUACUUUUACAGGAAACUUAAAGGAUCAAACGAUUUACUAUUUUUUUGCACAAUUAUAAGAUUACAUGAAAAUUUACUAUUGUUUGUAAAAUUCUACGCUCAGUAAAACUCAUUUUUUUACCAGCUAUUAUGGAUUUCUGUAAGUGAAUUUUUAACUGUGGAUGGCAAAACUUAUGCAAUAAUGAAAUUUAUUGCGAAUUUAGAGUGUAUUCAAUUUUACCAGCAAACUUUAAUAAUUUGGUAGAAUUUACAAUUGAAUUUAGAUACAUUUUCUUGGCGUGAAUGUAAAUAAACAGUAUAUUUUUUCUCUUUCUUGAAAGAUUCAUUAAAUUUAUGUUAUUUUCUACCAAAAUAAAAUGGCACAAUAAUUGCCUAACUUACGCAAAGUUUUGAUGCACUCUAAAAUAUAUAUUAUGUGAAAAACUGUUAGUCUUGCAAUACUUUCGAAUAAAUGAAUGAACUUGACUGAUUACUUAAAAAACAACUUAAAAAGAUUAAAUGUAAAUAAAUUUACCAUAAGUAGAUUACCUUUAUCGACACACGGUCAUUCACAUAACAUUGACAUAAAAAAAAAUUCGAAAUAUUUAUAGCGCAUGCGCAAAGUUCUCAAUUGUACAGUAUUGCGUUUUUAAAAUACAAAAAAGUGAAACAAUUACACAUGGAAUAAGUACUUGAUGUAAAUAGAUAUAAUAAGUAAUUAUAAUUCAUACAAGAAGAAAUAUAUGAACAAAAUGGAUGUUUUAUAUACUUAUGUUUUAUCAUUUUAAUAACGUUACGUAAGCAAUGUAAAUUUUAAAUGACGCAAUGAAAUAUAUGUCUGUAAAAAAUGAAA